CUAUUGUGCUCUGUUUCCAGAAGAUGAUGAGAUAGAUAAAGAAAAGUUGAUAGACUACUGGAUAUGCGAAGGAUUCAUCGGAGACUACUAUGUUGUAAAAAGAGCUAGGAAUAAAGGCUAUGAGUUACUCGGUACACUUAUCCGUGCAAAUUUACUGACAGAGGUUGGUACAAAAGUUGUUAUGAUGCAUGACGUGGUUCGCGAAAUGGCUUUGUGGAUUGCAUCCGAUUUUGGGAAACAUAAAGAGAAUUUUGUUGUACAAGCAAGAGUCGAAUUACAUGAAGUACCAAAAGUCAAGGACUGGGGAGCUGUGAGAAGAAUGUCAUUAAUGGCUAAUGAUAUUGAAGAGAUAACAUGCAGUUCCAAGUGUUCUCGUCUUACCACUCUGUUCCUCCAAAGUAAUUGGAAACUGAAGAAUCUCUCAGGUGAAUUCAUCCGGUCUAUGAAAGACCUAGCUGUUUUGGAUCUAUCACGUAAUUCCAACAUCAUUGAACUUCCAGAGGAGAUGUCAGAACUGACAUCCUUGCAGUUUCUUGACUUGUCGGGUACAAGUAUUAAGCAACUACCUGUUGGUUUCCAAGAGUUGAAAAAGCUAAUGCACCUGGAUUUGGCUUUUACAAAUAGACUUUGUAGUAUCAAUGGGAUAUCAAAGUUGCCGAGUUUAAGAGUUUUGAAACUAGAAGAUUCUAAUGUUGUUCAUGGUUACGUUAGCAAGAAAUAUUAUAGUGACGAAACUAGAGCUCGUGCAGAGGUUAGCUUGGUGAAGAAGCUGCAGCUCUUGGAGCACCUACAAGUUCUAACCAUAGCUUUAUCUACAGAUUUGGGUUUGGAGCACAUAUCAGGCGAUCAAAGGUUGGCAAACUACGUCAAUGUUGUGAAAAUGCAUGAAUUUCAACAAAAGCCGUUGAAUAUAUCACUGUUGGUGAAUAUGGAGAAUCUUUGUGAGCUCAGAAUGCUUUAUACUCAUGUAUCGGAGAUCAAUUCAUAUACAAAUUUCAGUGAAAGUAGAACAGACUCGUCUGAUCUAUACAAUCCGACAAGUCCAUGCUUCACCAACCUCUCCCUCGUGAAUAUAAUUCAUUGCAAUGGCAUUAAGGAUCUGACUUGGCUAUUGUUUGCUCCAAAUCUUGUCGAGCUACGCAUUGUACAUUCAGAAGAACUGGAAGAAAUUAUAAACAAAGAGAAAGAAACCAAUAUUACAGGUCUUAUUCCAUUUCUGAAACUACAAAGCUUAUCGUUGAGCAGUUUGCCUAAGCUGGAGAGUAUCUACUGGUGUCCUCUACCCUUUCCAUUUUUGAGGGAAUUAGAUGCAAGUUACUGUCCAAAGCUGAGAAAGCUUCCCUUAAAUGCUUUAAGUGUCCUACGAGUUGAGGAAUUGGUUAUAAGUAUGGAUCCUCGAGAACAGAGAAUUGACCUUGAGUGGGAGGACGAAGUUACAAAAAAACGUUUCUCGCCUUCAUUCAUUGCACUCAGUCAGGUCUAAGCAUUCUUUUCUCUGGAUCGGGGAUAUUCAUUUCUCUUAUUCUCUUCCGCUUGAGUUUCUUUCAUGGUUGUGUUUGCAUGAGGUAUGCACCCUUAUUAUACUUAGAUGAUCUAUUUGCAUCAUGAGACCUAACACACAAUUGUAUCACAUAAAAGAUUUUUCAUGUGCCUCUCAAUUUCAAUGUGUUC